UUUGACAUGGUAGCGGUGAACACAUGUGUGUUUUGUUUGCUUAUCGUCGUCGCUCUAGACGUGAAACGCUGAUGAAAGUUAAUUCUAACAAGACAAAUUAAUCGUUAUGGAAGAUCCUACUAGUUCAGGGUCACAUUUGCAGGCUCGUUUUGUGACGAAACAGCAGCAGUAUGCUGUACCAGAGUUUCCCUUUUCUGUGCCUGCGAAUGUUGGAGCAAGUGAAUUGAGUGCCCUCAUAAACAAGUUACUGAAUGAAGAAAAAGCAGAGGAAGAUGUUGAACAACUUGACUUUGACUUCCUUAUUGAUGGGGAGCUUCUCCGUGUUUCUGUUAGCAACCACAUGGAAGAGAAAGGAAUUUCUUCCGAGACUGUGGUGGAGAUUGAAUACUUUCAGAAACAUCCAGCGCCCACUCCAGAGGGCAGUCUCCUACAUGAUGACUGGAUUAGCUGUGUGCAAGGAUGUAAUGACAGGAUUGUUACUGGGUGCUAUGACAACUCUGUACGUCUGUGGAAUGUUAAAGGAGAUAAUCUAAUGACUUUGAGUUAUCAUUCAGAUCCUGUAAAAUGUGUAUCAUGGAUAAAGAAAGACGGCCCUACAAGUUUACUAGUGUCUGGAUCUCAUGACCAGAGUCUAAUCAUCUGGGAAGUCAACGAGGAAAAAAAAACAUGCCAGGCAUUACACAGCUGUCGGGGACACGCAAGGAGCGUGGAUUCUGUCGCCGUCAAUAAAAGCGGGACUAAAAUAUGCAGUGGGUCUUUUGAUAGCAUGCUUAAAAUCUGGUCAGCAGUUCCAGGGACAACUGAAGAUGUGUCGGAAAGAACAGAAGACCAACAUAGGAAGAAAAUCAAAGCAGACAAAAAUCUUCCUUUGACAAGGACCCCUCUAAUGACGUUAGAUGGCCACAGAGAAGCUGUGUCAUCAGUACUCUGGUACAAUGACAAUGAGGUUUGCAGUGCAUCCUGGGAUCACACCAUACAAUUCUGGGAUGUUGAAACCGGUGUCCAAAAGUCAACAUUGACAGGGACAAAGGUUUUCCUCUCAAUUGCGCUGUCUGAGUGCAAUGGUAUGAUAGCUUCUGGCAAUGCAGACCGCCACAUCAGAAUAUGGGACCCACGCAGUAGCGAGGGAGCAGUUGUCAAAUCGUCACUCUCUCAUCACAAUGGUUGGGUGACAGCUGUGGACUGGUCCCGAGUGAAUUCAAACCAGUUGAUUUCUGGCUCGUAUGAUCAAACCUUCAAGCUUUGGGACAUUCGUAGUUCAAAAGCCCCAUUGUACAAUAUGUCUGGAUUAGGGGAUAAAGUUCUUGCCGUCAACUGGAACAUACCAGAGUUGCUGCUCUUUGGGGGUGCUGAUAAUUGUCUACAUAUAUUUCACUCUUCUGAGAUCAUCUCUAGGUGAAAGGAAAUCUUAGCUGCAUAUCCAUCCCUUGAAAUACACACACAGAGUAACAGAGUAGCAAUAUUCCAUGCAUUCUGAUUGGUGCUAAGACAAUGCCUAAUAACCUGCCCUUCAUGGUUGUAGCUGGAAAAAAAAAAAGUUUAGCAAUUGGGUUAAUUCAGUUUAAAAAUGAUUAGCAAAAUUGAGUUUAAUUAGCACAGAAACAAUGAAUGUUUAAACUCAUUAGCUAAAAAUAUUUAGCCAAAUUCAGCAAUAUGAAUGGGAGGCUUAAAUUCUAAUGAGCUAAUUACUAAAGGUACAGAAGGCAGAAGAAAAAUUGUGUUGCCCAAGGCCAUUUGGAAACAGGGCCUUAUAGGAUACUCCCCUUGGAGAUGUGUAUGCCAUAGGCAUUUGUUCCAAUAACCAUAUUAAUAAAUUUAAAGUGCAUAGCCUCGGUAUAAAAUUCAACAUAUUUAUUUCAUUUUAGUCAUUUUUUUUGUAUUCACUCUGUACUUUUACUGUUUAUGGCUUUCUGUCCAUUCUAGUCAUGCAUUUUAAAUGUUGUCUAGGACUACUAAUUAAUAAACUAUGUAGUUGGUUUUUAAUUAAAUUACCAAUACAGGUACAACAAAAUAUAUGUUUUUGAGUGAACCUAAAAGUCUUUUAAACUCUACAGUAUUAUCUUUUUCGAUGUGAGUUUGCGUAUGUAAUCAAUAAAUGUAAAAUACUGUACUGUA